AUGGCUCAAACACCAAAUAUCGCCCCUUAUGCUGAGCCGUUAUGGAGCUCCCGCGGUUAUUCGCCUUACCACAACGAAACGCAUUUCCGCUUGAGAAAAGAGGUUCGGGAGUAUGUCGACAAUGAAAUCAUUCCCUACGCUGCAGAAUGGGAGAAGACCGGCCAUAUCCCUCAGGAGCAUAUCAAGAAAUUCGCCGAUAGGGGAUAUAUGGCAGCAUCAAUCUUCCCUCUAGCGGCGGAAUACCUAGGCUCUUUGCGCCUGCCUGGAGAUAUUGAUCCCAGUCAAUGGGAUGCAUUCCACGAUAUGGUGUUCAUGGACGAGAUUGCCCGAUGCGGCUACUUGGGCGUCAUCUGGGGACUGGCGUGUGGAAACAUCAUCGGCUUCCCGCCUGUCAUCAACUACGGAACACCGGAACAGAAGAGAAGAUUUGUCCCCGAUGUGCUGCAAGGAAAGACGCGGUUCUGUCUCGGAGUCACCGAGCCCGAUGCCGGAUCCGACGUGGCUGGCAUCACCACCACGGCCGUGCGAGAAGGAAACAUCUAUCGCGUUAACGGAAGCAAGAAGUGGAUCACCAACGGCAUUUUCGCCGACUAUGUCACUGCCGGAGUGCGAACUGGAGGACCUGGAGCCAAGGGCCUCUCUGUCCUCGUCAUCCCGCUCAAGGCAAAAGGCGUGACGUGCAAGAAGAUGGACAACUCUGGUGUAAAUGCUAGUGGUUCCACAUUCAUUGAACUGGACGACGUCGAAGUACCUGUUGAGAACCUCAUCGGCCGAGAAGGCCAAGGUUUUGAGAUUAUUACUUCCAAUUUCAACCAUGAAAGAAUAUGGCUGGCUUGCACCGCCCUGAGACUCGCUCGAUUGAGUGUUCGGGAUGCCUACUUGCACGCCAUCUCACGCGAGACUUUUGGAAAGAAGCUCAUCGACAAUCAGGUGAUUCGACAGAAGUUGGCUGUGUCAGGACGCAAGAUUGAAUCCACCGAAGCUCUUCUCGAACAGCUGGUAUACAUCAUUGACGCCGCCAAGAGGAAAGGUAACCAGCUUCCGCCGGGAAUUGGAGGUCUGGUCGCCAAUGCCAAGGUGCUUGCAGGCAAUACGCUGGAGAAGGUCAACAGAGAAUGCCAGCAGAUUAUGGGUGGUCAGGGAUAUAACAAGAACGGCAGAGGCGCACUGGUCGAACAGAUUAGUCGGGAUUUGCGAGUUUUGGUCGUCGGAGGAGGAAGUGAGGAAAUCUUGACUGACUUUGCUGUCAAGGAGGAAGCCAAACUGUGCAGGAAGACGGGAAGCAAAUUAUAG